CCCGGCCACCGAGCUCUUCGCAGCGCCAGCAGUCACUCGCGGAGAGACUGGGGCUUACAGGGGCAGUAGGGGUCAGCGGAACGAUGGAGAUCAGAACGCCGGAGUGCGGGUGCGAUGGAGGGACUUGAACCCCCAAAUCUGGGGCCCCGGGGGCGAUGGUCUCGAAAAGAGUGUGAUGCCGAGAUUUGACUGUAGAGGGUGGGAACAUUUCGGGUUCUCUAAAGCACUCACCUCACGGUGCUCUGCUCAUCUCCGACGGGGGUUAGUGGCAUCUGCCUCCAAGUGGCUCGUGGAUCCCUUUCUCCUUCCGACUCCAGGCUUGGCUCCGCAGCCCUGUGACCGGCUGCUCCGGCUCUGAGCGCCUCCCAGGUCGGGGCCGCGAUCCUGUGUCUCCCCUCUCAGAGCAGUGUGGCCCCGGGGGCAUCCAACCUUUGGUGCCUCAGGUUUCUCCCUAAAGUGUUUGGUCGCCUGCGUUGCCGUUCUUCUGUCCAGAGGUCCCUAGCCCGUGUUCCUCCAGCUCUGCCUCCUUAACUCCCUGACCUUGCCUAGGAGGAAGAAGAGAUGACCACUUCCCAGGAACCUGUUACAUUCAAGGAUGUGGCCAUGGACUUCACCGAGGAGGAGUGGGGGCAACUAGACCCUGUACAAAGGGCCCUGUACAAAGAGGUGAUGCUGGAGAUCUAUGGCAACCUGGUCUUAGUGGGCAAGAAACUUUACAACUGUGCUGCAUGUGGGAAGAGCUUCAGUCGGAGCACAGAUCCUCGCUAUCAUCAGAGAAUUCACACCGGAGAGAAACCUUUCAUAUGUGAUACAUGUGGCAAAGCCUUUAGUUAUAACACAAAUCUUCGUGUUCAUCAGAGAGUCCACACAGGAGAAAAACCUUUUAAGUGUGGGGAGUGUGUCAAGGGCUUCCAUCAGAGCUCCAAUCUUUGCAUCCAUAAGAAAGUUCACACCGGGGAGAAACUCUACAAAUGUGGUAAGUGUGGUAAGGGCUUCAGUCAGAACAGAGAUCUCCAAGUGCAUCGGAGACUCCACACAAGAGAAACUGUUUAAAUGUGAAACUCUGAAAACAUAGACUUAAUGCUUGUCUGAAAGUCCACACAGGAAAGAAAUGCUACAAGUGUGUGUGGUAAGUGCUUCUUCAGUCAGAGCAUAGAUCUCCAAGUUUACCAAAAAAUUCACACAGAGAAACCAUUAAAUAUGAUAGAUGUGGUAAGGGUUUCAGUUACAACAUGAACCUUCAUGUUCAUGAGAGAGACCAUAGGGUCUCACAGGGGUAGAAACCUUGUGUACAUGAGAAGUGAGCUCAAGUCUUCACAUUCAUCAGAUCCGUUGUGGGAGAAAUACCCUACACAUGUGGUCACAACUUCUGCUAGAGUGCAUCUCUCCUCCUUUUACCAGAGUCUUUUUCUCUGACAACUCUGAGUUCCAUGAGAGUCCAGCUAUGCAUGCUUUGCUCUCCAUUUUGUCCCCAGCUCCUGGCACACUGCCUGGUACAAGUAGCCAUUCACGAAGUAUUUGUUGAAUGCAAAUCCACAUGGGAGAGAAGCCCUGUAAGUGUGAUGUGUGGUGAAGACUUCAAAGUCCACACAUUGAAACCUUUUUAAAAAAUGCUGCAUGGUAGGGUGCCUGGGUGGCUCAGUUGGUUAAGCGACUGCCUUCGGCUCAGGUCAUGAUCCUGGAGUCCCAGGAUCGAGUCCCGCAUCAGGCUCCCUGCUCAGCAGAGAGUCUGCUUCUCCCUCUGACCCUCCCCCCUCUCAUGUGCACUCUCUCUCUCUCAAAUAAAUAAAUAAAAUCUUUAAGAAAAAAAAAAAAUGCUGCAUGGUAAACAUUUCGGUCAGAUCGUGGUUUUCAUCAUUAGUUAAUCCCUGUAAGAGAGAAGUCCUGUUAACCUGAUGAAUAUACUAAUGGACUUGAGAUAAAUAUUCAAGUUAAAUCAGUGUAGUAAAUUUAAAAAUAUAUACCUUCAACAUAAGAAUUCUCAUCCCUAACCUCGCAAUUGUAAAAAAUACAUGUUUUAACAUAGGAGUUUUGACAAAAGUAUCUGUUGUAUUAUUCAGGAAAAAAAUCCUGUGAAAUGACAUUUUGUGUCAGGCUCUGCACUGUCUCCUCAGAAGGUUCAUUCCAUCUCAAAGAAGCUUCUGUUAGAUAUAACCAAUGAGUUACCCAGCACCAAUGACAGAUAAGGUCUUCCUCCUGGGAAAGACACCCCUUACCUGGCAAAGGCCCUUCUAGGCUGAAAGCCUCCUGGCCCUAAUUGAGCAUCUCCCCAUCCAGCAUGUCUCCAGGCUGCUGGAUGCCUGCAGCAUAGAUUGUAGAAAUCUCCAGGUAAGGCAUCUUCAGGGUAUAUGUCUCUAGAAGGGACAGCUAAAGAAAAGGGCUGCAGCAGGGUUUAUGGAAGGGAGUUAGAGGAGAGGAAAACAAGUCUGAAAGGGAAUAAUUAGAGGGAAAAGGAAGAGAACAGUGCCUAGAAAGGAGGUUGUGGAAUAGUGGGGGAGGAAAGCCCAGAGGCUUCUCCAAAGUCUCUAGCAAGUAUGGUGACCCCCAAUACGGGCUGUCCCUGGAAGUCUGAGCUGAGCAAAGAGUGGUCUGUAGUGGGUAGAUCUUGACCCCAUCAGCAUUAGGGCCAGUUGGGACCAGAGGUGGAAGAGCUGCUGUGAGGAGCCUUGGAAGGCAACUCCAUGCCCCAAUUUCCCCAGGUGGCCCAAGUCAGGCAUGGCAGGACCAUUAUCCCUCAAUGGGAGGAAGGAUCAUAUAGGAAGGCAGCAAUAAGGCUGAUUCUUUUCAGGAGGCAUAAAUUAAUCAGAGACAGAGCCUUGCAAUGAAGAGGGAAGACCUGGACCAGUGGAGGUUAGGAAGAGGUCAAGGACCUAGUUUCAUCACUAAAUGUGGGUAAGGAAGAGAGAUGCUUUGUCUGAAUCCUUCACCUAGGAGCAGUAUGUUCUAUGUGCCCCCUAAGCAGCCAUUUCAAGGGGAAGGAUAUCUACAAUUAGAAAGGCUUUGGGGCUCUAGGAGGACUGUCAGCUGAGCAGUCCAGAGACCAUCGGCUCACGUUAGGAGAAAGGGUUGAUAUGCUGGAGGGCUUAAUGGCAAUUGGCGUAGGAGAGGCACUCAAAUAUCAUUGAAUGAAGGUAUUAAUAAAAUUCUAAACUCACAUUUUAUAUUAGUUUCUUUUCCUUCUUCCUCUUUGUUUUUCCUUUCCUUUUUUUUAGAUUUAAAAAAUAUUUUAAGUAUAAAAUAUAUCAGGCAUACAGAAAAGUUCAGAAAAUAUAAUGACUAUAAUAGUAUGUUAAAAUUUUUGCCAUAUUAGCAUCAGAUUUUUUUUUUUUCUAGCAAGGAAAAAACAGAUUUAAGUAAAGCUUCAAGCUAUGUCACUUUGUUCAGAGGUAUCAAUUAUGCUUAAGUCACUGUGUAUUAUUUCUAUGUAUGUUUUGAGUUUUAUUACCUGUAUGUCCAUGGUAUCUUAAAUUUUUACAUAGAUAAUAUAAUUUAUUUGCAAUUUGCUUUAUGCCCCAAACAUUACAUUUUUUAUAUUUUUAUGCUGAUGUUUUAGAACUAAUUAAUUUCAGCUUGUCAUCUUCUAUCAGAUAAUCUUUUCAAAAGAUUAUUUGUAUACCUCUGUGCCCAUAACACAUUUUCAAGCUUUUAUAGAAAUUGUCCUAUUUAAAGACCUUGUAGAAUCAAUUUGUCAAAGUCCGUGAAAAAUUUUUUGGAUCAUGAUUUUUGGGGUUUUGUUUCUUUUUCUUUCAUUCCUUCCAUUGGAUUAGGUUUUCUUUAUUCUCUAUUUUCCUCUACAAGAUCAGUAGUUAAAUUUUAUCUUUUUGUUUUAACAUUUGUUAACAUUCAUUACUUAAUAAAGUCUGCAUCAUGCCUGUCCUUAAGAGAGUAGAACACUAACUGUGCUUCUCCUUCUCCCAGGUUAUGUUAUGGUUGUGUAUAGUUUUAAUUUCAUCAUGUUUUUAACACGUCCCCAGAUUUGUCAUUAUUUUGUUGUAAGUAGACAAUGCAAGUUUGGAUUAACCUGCACAUUUGCCAGUUUCUUACCACUGGUUCUUAUAUUUCCUCCUUCCUUGUGAAUUCCAUUUCUCAGCCUCCCAGAGCAGAGGCAACUUGUGCAGUGGUCAAAAACACCAACUCUGCAGCCAGAUGGCCUGGGUUUGAUAUGUGGCUCUGUGACCUUGAGCAGAUUACUGAAUUUCUUUGUGCCUCAAUUUCUCUAUCUGUAAAGUAGGGAUGAUAAUAGUAUCUACUUCAUGGGGUUGUUAUAGGGAUCAGAUGAAUUAAUAUUUGUAGAAUGGUUAAAAUAGUGCCUGGCUUGUAGCAAGCCUUAUAAAAGAGUUCCUUAUAUAAAUAAAUUAAUCUCUCAGAUUUUUCUAAUUUUUCAGCAAGAGUGUCUGUGAGUAGUAAGUUCUUUAUUUCUCCCUUACUCUUGAAUUAUGGCUUAGCUAGGUAUAGAAUUCUCAAUUGACAUUUAUUUUUACUCAGCAGUCCUGAGCCUCUGGUGCUACUUUUUAAAGUCUGUAAUUAGCCAAUUUAUUGUUCCCUUUGAGACAGUGUGUCUUCUCUCUCUGGUUGAUGUUCAGAUUACCUCUUUAUCUUUAAAAAGGUUUAGCAAGGGGCGCCUGGGUGGCUCAGUUGGUUAAGCGACUGCCUUCGGCUCAGGUCAUGAUCCUGGAGUCCCAGGAUCGAGUCCCCCAUUGGGCUCCCUGCUCAGCAGGGAGUCUGCUUCUCCCUCUGACCCUCUCCCCCUCUCAUGUGCUCUCUGUCUCUCUCAUUCUCUCUGUCUCAAAUAAAAUCUUUAAAAAAAAAAAAGGUUUAGCAAAAUCCUGAAAAGUAGGUGCUAUUUUCUGAAAUGUGUCUAGGUGUGGGUUUACUUAGGUUUUUUUCUAAUCAGGACAUAUUAUGCUUCUACAUACUGUUUUCUAUUAAUUCUUUAUUCUUUGUGUACUUCUGUUAGAUUUGUCAUUUUUCUAGCUUCUUGAGUUACAUGUUUAGAACUUAUUUUUAGCCUUUUCUUAUUUUCUAAUAUUUUCUGUAUUUCAGUGAAUUAAAUUUCCUGUGAAUACUUUGGCAGCAUCCUUUCCAGAACACAGUUUGGCAAUCUAUAUCAAAGUCCUUUAAAAUGUUCAUAUCAUGUGGCUCAAAUGUCACAUUUAAUAAUCUAUAUUAAGGACAUAAUCAGUUGAAUUAUAUAUAAACGAUAUACAUUACCAUGCUAUUUCUACUAUUUUUAAAAAGGAAAGGAUUACUUUAGAGAGAUUUUUUUUCUAAAUCAUAAUAUAUUUAUAUAAUCCAGUAUUCUUCAGCAAGAAAAUGUUUGGGGUCAUUUUUAAUGACUUAAAAAAUGUACACAAUAUAGUAGAUGUAAAGACAGAGGGAAAAACUUGGAAAAAUACACUAAUGUAUUAAUAGUGUAAAUGGAUUAUUUUCUACUUUGUGCUUCCUAGUCCCUGCCAACAGAAGUAUUGGUUCUUCUAAUUACAAAAUGAUAUGUCUGUUGUAAAAUAUCACAAUAUUAUGAAGCAAAAGUAAGUGUAACUGGUUUAUUGUGGAGUGUCAACUCAGUGGGGUAUAGGUAUAUAAGAUCAUGAAAUGGUGUUAUUUUUCUAGUCACUUCCUUCAUCCAUAUUCUGUUGAAUUCCCCUAUUUGAUUGAUCGAAUGAAUUAAUGAAUAUUGAGUGGGAAAGAGAGCCCCUGAGGGAGGGAGAGCUUUAAGAAAGAGAAGACUUUCUCCCUCACCAGUUCCCCGAGUAAGAGUACAAACUGGGUAAAAGAUUACAAACUGGUAAAAAUAUUUGCAACCCAUAAAGAGAUUCACCUCCCUAUUCAUGAAGAGCUCUUAGAAAUCAAGCAAAGCACACACACACAAAAAUGUGAAGAGACUGUUCAGAGAUAAUAUAAAUGGCCCUUAAAUGUAUGGAGAGGUAUCAAAUUUUCUCAUAUGAGAAAUGCAAAUCAAAGCCCUACUGAGAUACCAUUUCUCACUUAACAGAUUAGCAAAAAACUGAAAAGUUAAAAAAUUCAUUCUUAAUAAGGUAUUGAGAAGCAGGCAUUCUCAUAAGUUGCUGUGGGGAUUACAAAAUAAAACUAUGGAGAAGAAUUUGACAGUAUCUACCAAAACUAUAGAUACAUUUGCUUUUUGACCCAAAUAUCCCAUUUCUGAGAAUCUGUCCCACAGAUAUAUGUGCAUUUGUGCCUUAAAUAUUUGGCAUUGUUUCCAGUAGUGAAAAAAUGGAAAACAACACAAAUGUCCAUCAAUAGGGGACUGAUUUAAUAGACUGUACAUCUACAGUGGAAUGGUGUGCAGCUGUAAUGAAAAAAAUUUUCUUAUUGAAAUGGAAAUAUCUCCAAGAUGUAUUAUUAAAUACAAGGUAGAGAGGGGCACCUGGGUGGCUCAGUCAUUAAGCAUCUGCCUUCUGCUCAAGUCAUGAUGCCAGGGUCCUGUGAUGGAGCCCCGCAUUGGGCUCCCUGCCCUGUGGGAAGCCUGCUUCUCCCUCUGCCCACUCCCCCUGCUUGUGUUCCCUCUCUGGCUGUCUUUCUCUCUGUCAAAUAAAUAAAAAUCUUAAAAAAAAAAAAAAAGCCAAAAACAAGGUAGAGAACAAUGUGUUUAUAUGCCUGUAUAUAUAAAUAUAUAAAAAUAUAUUGUAUAAAAUAUAUAAUACAUUUUAUUAAGAAUGAAAAUAUAUAUCCAUAUUUGCUUAUAUUUGCAUAAUGUCACACUGGAAGGAUAAACAAGGGACUAACGAAAUGGUUGUCUGGGAGAGCAGGGCUCAGAGUGAGGGUUUUGUUUUUUUCUAAAUAUAGUUUUUAUUUGAACAUGCUAUUUUUAAAACAAUGCUCAAUGAGAGCCAACAGCUUUUAGCAUUUAUUGAUAUUAUAUUGGCUUCCCUAUUUUGUUAUUUUUAAUAAAUAUUUUAA